UUUACGGAAUGAAUGUUCAACAAGUGUUAAAAUGUCAUGUAACAUACUAAGGAAUGAAUGUCAAACAUUUGUCUUGAAUGUUAUGAAACUUACCAAGGAGUGAAUGUCAGAAGAUAAACAAGACCAUGUACAGACAUGCAACGGUUAAAAAAAAAAAAGAAGGUAAACUUCACCAAUCAUACCUAACAAUCUCUUCUCAUUUAUAAAUUUCUGCCCAUUCGUUACUCGGUCAUACACAGUCACACACUGAGCUAACUUUCAUCAACACAAUCCCAAGUCCCAACAGCUAAAAAAAGAAGGUAGAAUGGCAGCUAAAAGCAAGAUCCUGAUCAUCGGAGGAACAGGCUACAUCGGGAAAUUCAUCGUGGAAGCGAGCUUGAAAGCCCGCCACCCCACCUUCGUCCUCGUCCGGCAAACCACGGUCUCCGAUCCCGUCAAGGGGAAGCUCGUCGACAGCUUCAAGUCCUCCGGCGCCACUCUGUUGCAUGGUGAUCUCUACGACCACGAGAGUAUGGUGAAGGCGAUCAAGCAAGCCGAUGUGGUGAUAUCCACCGUCGGAAGCUUGCAGCUUGCUGAUCAGACCAGGAUCAUUUCCGCCAUUAAAGAGGCCGGCAAUGUCAAGAGGUUCUUGCCGUCGGAGUUUGGGAACGACGUGGACCACGUGAACGCGGUGGAGCCGGCGAAGACAGCGUUUGACACCAAGGCCGGAAUCCGGCGCGCCAUUGAAGCUGCAGGGAUACCUUACACUUACGUGCCGUCCAACUUCUUCGCCGGGUAUUUCCUUCCGACGUUGGCUCAGCCGGGGCUCACUUCUCCGCCCAGAGACAAAGUCACCAUCUUGGGAGAUGGUAAUCCUAAAGCUGUGUUCAACAAGGAAGACGACAUUGCAGCCUACACGAUUCGAGCGGUGGACGAUCCGAGAACUCUGAACAAGACCCUCAUCAUCAAGCCACCAAAGAAUGUCUACUCCUUCAACGAGCUGGUGGCUCUGUGGGAGAAGAAGAUUGGCAAGACUCUGGAGAAAACUUAUGUUCCAGAGGACCUACUUCUCAAGCAAAUCCAAGAGUCUCCAUUUCCGGUGAACAUCAUACUGUCGAUCAGCCACUCUGUGUUUGUGAAAGGGGAUCAGACCAACUUCGAGAUCGACCCGGCAUGGGGAGUCGAAGCAUCUGAGCUCUACCCGGAUGUCAAGUACACGACUGUGGAGGAAUACCUGGAUCAGUUCGUUUGAUUGUGCUGUAAGCUGGAACUGGAAGUUCUCAUUGGAAAUAAGAUUUGUGCGUUGUGACAGAAAUAAUGAGGGCCAGGGGGUCAGUUUAUGAUGUGGGUUUGUUUCAAAGUUUUUACUUUUUUCCAUGUAAUCUUACAGGAGAGUGAUCUGAAUCAGUGUAAUGCUAAUGUAGUUGGGACUCUGUUGAAAUAAACAUCUCAGAUCGAG